AUGAGCCGCAAAAAAAUCAAGACUGAAGAGUCAAGCGAUGACGACUUCGAAGCUUUCGCAACUCCUCAACCUAAGCGCAGACAUGGUAGAUCCGCCAGAGAAAUCAAAACUGAAGAAACUUUUAAAGUUGGGAGAUGUGAUAACUCACUUGGGGUUUUAACAAAAAAGUUCAUUACACUGCUUAAACAAUCUGAGAACCAAUGCAUAGAUUUGAAUGAUGCAGUAAAAGACCUUAAAGUUCAAAAACGAAGAAUUUAUGAUAUUACAAAUGUAUUAGAAGGAAUUGGAUUAGUUCAAAAAAGACAUAAAAAUAAAAUUCAGUGGGUAGGAGGAAAUUUAAUUACUGAUCAGAAUCAAGAAAUCGAAUUUAACAUGCAAGACUCAUACACAGUUUCUGUUGAAGAGCAAAAGCUUGAUUAUUGGAUUAAUCAAAUCCAAGAUAAUUUAAAUCAGCUGAAUAAAGACCCAAGCUAUAAUGAAUAUGCAUACGUUACGCAUGAUGACAUAAAAAAUUUACCAAAAUUAAUGAAUGCAAGCCAAGAAACGAUUUUAGCAAUCAAAGUCCCAGCAGGGACCGCGCUAGAAGUCCCUGACCCUAAUUCGCUUCCUAUGGAAGAAAAAGAAAGACAUCAGAUUUAUUUACAUUCAAAUAAUGGGGAAAUUUCGAUACAAGUGAUUUCUAACGAAAGAUAUGAAAAAAUUAAUAAAGAAGAAGACUUAAGCUGCAAUGAAGCUUCGAAUGAGCUUUAUUCGUCAAGCCAAGAUGAAUAUUUAAAUAGUCAAAUCUCUGCCAAAUCAAAGACUGAGUGUUUAUCUGACUUCUGGUCUUCUUAG